CAUAUAAGCUUCUUACCUCGAACUCCGACUCCACCAAAGCCAACAAACAUGGCACCUUGUUUCCUCUUCUUGAUCACCUUCACCUUCACCUUCUUCACAACACCACCUUCUGUUGCGGGAAAGCAGUUCCCAUCUGAAGCCAAAGCCCUCGUAGCUCCCAUUACCAAGGACGUCUCCACAUCUCUCUACACCGUAGCACUCAACACCGACAAGCAAUUUGUGUUGGACCUCGCAGGACCCCUGCUAUGGUUUCCAUGCCCUCCCGAACACCCCACCGUCCCUUGUAACUCCACCGCCUGCGCCGCCGCUGGUGCCUUCCACCCUCCGCGCUGCCCCCGCAUUGCGGCCAUCGACAAGCAGCCUUGCACCUGCACCGCCUACCCAGUGAACCCGGUUACGACGAUGUGUUCCUCCGAUGACUUGACCUUCACCAGCGUCACCCUUUCCUCCACAGAUGGGAAGAACCCUACUACAGUGGUGUGCGUUCCCGAGGUUGUCUCGUCCUGUGCGCCAAAAGGCCUCCUGAACUCGCUACCGGCCGCAGCCGUCGGUGUUGCUGGGCUCGCUCGGUCUGGCCUCGCCGUUCCUUCGCAGCUCUUCUCUAAGCUUUACUUAAAGAAGCAAUUUGCCAUCUGCCUCCCGAGCUCCGGAGUGGCACCGGGAGCGGCGUUCUUCGGAACCGAGCCCUUCUACUUCCUUGCAGCACCGCCGGUGGAUGUCGCCGCGCGUCUCACGUACACGACUCUGCUGAGAAACCCGAGGAACCCCGCGUACUACCUCGAAGCGAAGGGCCUGGCGGUGAACAGGGAGGCGGUGCCGUUCUUGGCUCGCAUGCUCGAGUUUGACUCGCUUGGCCAUGGCGGCGUCAUGAUAAGCACUGCGGCCCCUUACACCACCCUUACGAGCCACAUAUAUCGCCCAUUCCUCAAGGCCUUUGCUGCGGCAACCAAGGCUAUCCCGCGGGCGCCGAAGGUGAAGCCCUUCGGUCUGUGCUUGAACAGCACGGCGUUGGGGUCGACGAGGGUCGGAUACGGUGUGCCACAGAUCGACGUGAUGUUGGCAGGAGGGACGAACUGGACCAUCUUCGGAGCCAAUUCAUUGAAGCAGGUAGAUAAGGACACGGCGUGCUUGGCAUUCGUCGAUGGUGGGCCGAAGGCGGAGCAAGCGAUGGUCAUAGGCGGAUACCAACUGGAGAACAGCUUCCUACUGUUCGAUCUGGCGAGGUCGAGGCUGGGGUUUCUCUCAACUCUGCUGGGGAUCAUGACCACCUGUUCCAACUUUAACUUCACUGUUCAAGCUUGAAUGCAAUAAAUGGGUGGCCUUCAGUGGCUACCAUUGGAUUGCUGAUGAAUCUAAUUGUUCUAUGAUCGUUUCAUACAGCCUGGCUUUCUUGUUGGCUUUUGUUUCUCUUCCAUAAACUUUGAUCUUUUUGAGAA